AUGGGGUUCCUCGUGCAACUUCUUGCGUUUAUAUUAUUACCUUUGUUAGUGAGUAUGAGUGCUGAGGAAAUUAACUCAUCACAGCCCUGUGAUUUUCUAGCCUUAUUCAACUUUGGUGACUCCAAUUCAGAUACUGGCUGCAUGGCCGCAGCAUUUUACCCUGAGAUUUUGCCAUAUGGUCAAACUUUCUUCCACGAACCUGUUGGUAGAGCUUCUGAUGGUCGUCUUAUCAUAGAUUUCAUUGCGCAGCAUCUCGGUUUCCCAUUCUUGAGUGCUUACAUAAACUCAAUUGGAACAAGUUAUAGGCAUGGCGCAAACUUUGCUGCAGGAUCAUCAACCAUUAGGCGGCAAAAUAGAACAGUCUUUGAGGGUGGUUCUCCUUUCACUUUUGAAAUCCAGACUGAACAGUUCAACCAGUUUAAGCAACGCACGGGAAAGUUCUUCAAUAAAGCGAGGAAAAACUCCUUCAGAAGACACUUUCCAAGGCCAGAGGACUUUGCCAAGGCCAUCUACACAUUUGAUAUUGGGCAAAAUGAUAUUGCUGCUGCUAUUAACAGAGUGGGCACAGAAGAUUCUCAUGCAGUGAUCUCAGAUAUUGUGGAUUAUUUUGGAAAACAAGUUCAAUAUUUACAUGAACUAGGAGCAAGGACAUUUUGGAUACAUAACUCAGGCCCCAUUGGUUGCUUGCCAGUGGCCAUGCCCGUGCACAAUGCCAUGAACCAAACUCCGGAGGCUGGUUAUGUUGAUGAAAACGGCUGUGUGAAUUAUCAAAACGACAUGGCCAGAGAGUUUAAUAAAAAGCUCAAGAACAUGGUGGUUAAACUAAGGGCACAGUUCUUAGAUGCCUCUUUAGUUUAUGUGGACAUGUUCUCCGCUAAGUAUGAACUAAUCAAUGAUGCUAACAAAGAAGGAUUUGUGGACCCUUCAGAAAUCUGCUGUGGGUAUCAUAAAGAUGGUUACCACUUGUACUGUGGGAACAAGGCAAUGAUCAAUGGUAAGGAAAUUUUUGCUGGUUCUUGUGAUGAUCCUUCCAAGUUUAUCAGUUGGGAUGGAGUGCACUACACCGAAGCCGCAAAUAGAUGGAUUGCCAAUCGAAUGCUCAAUGGUUCCUUCUCAGAUCCACCACUUCCCAUUACACAUUCGUGUAGUGCCCAGUGA